AUGCUCAAGAGGCAGAAUCCUAGUGCUCCAGAACACAGGAGGGAUCUCGCAGCCGAUGGAGGAGCUCUGUCCAUGUCUCACAAUGACUCACGCUCUUUUUUCAACUUGUCUCAGCUGGUGCUCUCUGCUGGCCAAAUCAAACCAUCACCAGCACUCAAACAUUCAAAAAUCACGUACUUUGAAGUAGAGAUUGUUGAUGUGCAAAGCAAGAGGCAGAUCUGCAUUGUGGACAAGGUACUUCCAGCAUCUACUGUUCUUGAUGUGAAACACAAAUUUCACAAAGCAUGUCCCCAGUGGUACCCAUCCCGUGUUGGCCUGCAACUAGAACGCAACGGGCCCUUUUUGAAGGAUUCCAUCAGCAUCCAAAGCCUUGCCGUCUCCUCCAUCAUUACACUGUAUUUUACAGACCUGGGUCAGCAGGUUGGUUGGACCACAUUUUUUCUAACAGAAUACACUGGGCCUCUUCUCAUAUAUCUGCUCUUUUACAUUCGCCUCUCGACUAUUUAUGAUCAAGUGGAAAGCACGAAGAACUUCCGCCACCCCGUGGUUCACUUGGCCUGCUUCUGUCACUGUUUACACUAUAUCAGACAUCUUCUGGAGACAUUAUUUGUUCACAAGUUUUCGGAAGGGCACACUCCUCUGAAAAAUAUGAUGAAGGGCUGUGCCUUUUACUGGGGAUUCACAUCCUGGAUUGCAUACUACAUCAACCACCCACGGUACACGCCGCCAUCAUUUGGCCACAAACAAGUUUCUUACGCUGCUUUUGCUUUUCUGAUGUGUGAAGCUGGAAAUCACUUUAUCAACGUAGCUUUAGCUCACCAAACCAAUACAGGAAAUAGAACCUGUUUUCCAAGUCCAACAUACAACCCCUUCACGUGGCUCUUCUUGCUGGUAUCCUGUCCCAACUAUACAUAUGAGGCUGGGUCUUGGAUUAGUUUCACGGUGAUGACACAAACCCUGCCAGUUGGCAUCUUUGCUUUCCUGAUGGUCAUCCAGAUGUCUCUGUGGGCCCAGAAGAAACACAAGCUGUAUCUGAAGAGAUUUUAUCCAGAAGUGAGGAGAAAAGCAGCUAUGAUUCCCAUAAUCUUCUGA